UUAUUUUCAGUGUAUAUGAGAAAACCGAAACCAAAAAAUACCUUUUGAAGAAGAAUAAGCAAAAAUGGCGUCACAGCCAUUGACACUCCAAAGAUCACCACUCUCAUCGUCUUCUCCACCAUCUUCCUCUUCACCUCUGCAACGUCUCUCCACCUUCAAAUCCCCAACCGCCGGCGGUUCACCCUCCACCACCACCACCACCACAUCCACAUCCACCAAUUCUACCGCCCAAUCUCCUCUCGAUUCCUUCGCUUCCGAUCCAAUAUUCUCCGCCUUCCUCUCCCCGAACUUCUCCUCCACCUCCUUCUCCUCCGCCGCCCUCUCCUCCGGCUCUCCCGCCUCCACCGCCGAGAAGCUCCACCACGCCAUCCGCCAGCUCGAAUCCCAGCUCCGAACCGAAGUCCUCUCCCGCCAUGCCGAUCUCCUCUCACAGCUCUCUUCGCUUCAGCACGCCGAUCACACUCUCUCCACCGUCCGAUCCGCUGUCUCAUCCCUCCAAUCUUCUCUCCGCCGCAUUCGAUCCGAGCUCUCCGACCCUCUCAUAUCGAUCAAGACCCAGACCAUCCAGCUCUCCAAUCUACAUUCCACCACCGAGCUACUCCACCACUCCACGCGAGCUCUUCGCCUCUCCAAGAAGCUCCGUGACACCGUUGCGGCAUCGGCUUCCGAUCCCGACAAGCUGGAUCUCGCCAAGGCCGCUCAGCUUCACUGCGAGAUCUUGAACCUCUACGGUGAGUACGAUCUUGUGGGUAUCGAUGUGGUAGAAGAAGAGAUCAAGUGGGUUAGGGAGACUGGGGACAAAUUGAGGAGCGAGGCCAUGAAAGUUCUGGAUAGAGGAAUGGAGGGUUUGAAUCAGGCUGAGGUUGGGACGGGCUUGCAGGUUUUCUACAAUCUGGGUGAACUGAGAGCCACUGUGGAGCAGCUGAUCAAUAGGUAUAGGGGGAUAGGAGCGAAGAGUGUGAGUGCGGCGUUGGAUAUGAAAGCGAUUACCGGGUCUUCUGGAGGUGGUGGGUAUGGUCCUGGAGGGAUUAGAGGGAGUGGGAUGCCGCAGAUCGGCGGAGGAGCCAAGGCUAGAGAGGAACAGUGGCUGAGGAUGGGAAGCUGUAUGGACAAGUUGCAUUCGAUAAUGGUUGCUGUGUGGCACUUGCAGAGAGUGUUGUCCAAGAAACGCGACCCGUUCACUCAUGUUCUGCUGCUUGAUGAGGUUAUCAAUGAAGGUGAUACCAUGUUAACUGAUCGAGUCUGGGAAGCCAUUGUGAAGGCUUUUGCUAGCCAUAUGAAAUCUGCUUUUACUGCUUCAAGUUUCGUUAAAGAAACUUUCACCAUUGGUUACCCUAAACUAUUCUCCAUGGUAGAGAAUCUUCUCGAAAGGAUAUCUCGUGACACAGAAAUCAAAGGGGUUUUACCAGCUAUUAAUUCGGAUGGAAAAGAUCAAAUGGUUGCAGCUAUUGAGAUAUUUCAGACAGCAUUCUUGGCUCUUUGCUUGAGUCGCCUUUCAGAUCUUGUGAAUAGUGUAUUUCCAGUUUCCAGCCGAGGAAGUGUUCCCACUAAAGAACAAAUCUCAAAAAUCAUAUCACGGAUUCAGGAGGAGAUUGAAUCUGUACAGUUGGAUGGACGCUUGACUCUUCUUGUGUUGCAUGAAAUUGGCAAGGUUCUGCUCCUCCUUGCUGAACGAGCUGAAUACCAGAUAUCUACUGGUCCUGAGGCCCGCCAAGUAAAUGAUCCUGCAACUCAAGCCCAACUCAAGAACUUCAUGCUAUGCCAGCAUCUACAAGAAAUUCAUACACGCAUAUCAUCUAUGAUUACAGGACUGCCUGCAAUUGCUGCUGAGGUGUUGUCUCCGUCAUUGGGUGCAAUAUAUGGGGUUGCCUGUGACUCAGUGACAUCCUUGUUCCAAGCGAUGCUUGACCGUCUCGAGGCUUGCAUCUUGCAAAUUCAUGAACAGAAUUUCGCUGUGCUUGGUGUGGAUGCUGCAAUGGACAACAAUGCAUCACCUUACAUGGAGGAGUUGCAAAAAUGCAUUCUUCACUUUCGUCGUGAGUUCCUGUCUAGGCUGUUGCCUUCAAAAAAUGCUACCACUUCUGGGCCAGAAACAAUAUGCACAAGGCUUGUUAAGAGCAUGGCAUCACGGGUUCUAAUUUUCUUCAUAAGGCAUGCUUCUCUUGUCAGACCCUUAUCAGAAUCAGGCAAGCUGAGGAUGGCCAGGGACAUGGCUGAGCUGGAGUUGGCUGUAGGUCAAAACUUAUUCCCUGUAGAAAAACUUGGUGCACCAUAUCGAGCACUUCGAGCGUUCCGGCCUCUUAUCUUCUUGGAAACAUCUCAACUGGGGUCAGCUCCUAUUCUUCAAGACCUGCCACCAAGUGUAAUCCUCCACCAUCUGUAUACCCGAGGUCCUGAUGAAUUGCAGUCACCACUUCAAAGGACCAAACUUACACCUCUUCAAUAUUCACUGUGGUUAGAUUCUCAAGGGGAAGAUCAGAUUUGGAAAGGUAUCAAAGCGACUUUGGAUGAUUAUGCUUCCAGUAUAAGGGCCAGAGGAGACAAGGAGUUUAGCCCUGUAUACCCUCUUAUGCUUCAAUUAGGAUCAUCCUUGACAGAAAAUCCUCCUACAUCAUGAAAUGCUAGCCGCACUUUUGAGAAGAUGUACUAAAAGCUGCAUAGUAUUAAAUCAAAUACAUAUACGCAUUUGGCAGAAAAAAGGAGAUGACUUGUUGAGCUGUUGGAGGAGCACUAUUUGUGCUGUGGGUGGGUCAGAGGCAUACAAAGACUGAUUUUUUUUUUUUUAAAAAUUUUUUUUUUAGGUAUACUAAUUUUAGAGAAGUGAGACUUUCAUUUUUUUUUUUUUGGGGGGUAUAUUAAGAUCCAUUUAAUAGCUAUAAUAUAUAUAUAUAUAUAUAUAUAUGUUCGUGUAUAACAAAUGUAAAACUAAGAGCCCUACAUUUCUUCACCGAGAACUCAGGUUUUGUUUUUUUAACCCCUGCAUUUGUAGUGAUAAUGUCCUCCCUUCUGUUUCAUGUAAAUUACAAAUGUACUUUAUUUUCUGAAAAAUUUUAGGUUUUAUUCAUCUUGUGUCUGUUAUCCAACAAAUAUGGUAGUAGAUAAAAAUUAAGCAUUCCAUGUUUGAAGUUUA